CAAAGGAUGAACGACACUUCAAUCCCGCUGCUCGCAUGUUUCGUCCGGCCAUUGUCUGCCGAUGGGCCGCAUGCAGGCCGGGCUCGACUCCCUUUUAGUUUGGCCUCUCUCUGGUCCUGCUGAUCAGGGCCCCCUUGCCCUUGCCGUCGUGGCCACCGCGACGCUCGCCUGCAGUGCCCUGGUCAGUGUCUCCUGGGCCCGUACUCGGAGGGCUGUCGCGCCGCAGAGGUCCGGUCGAUGCUGUUCUGGGACGACUUCAGCGAGGGCAUGUUCUGCGGAGGCGGCUUCUCCGCGUACGACCUGCACGUGGACUGCAUUCCGACCAGCAACGUGGGCUCCGUGUUUGCGGGCCACAAGCUGCUGGCGAUUUGGAGGUACCCAGAGGACACCCGGGCCGUCAUGCGGGAGCACGGUCGGGAGCUCUUCGUCCCGCCCCUGACGCCGAAACAGGUGUCGGCGCUCGAGCGGGCCUGCUGCGUCGCCCUCGCCCCGCCGGGCUCCAUCUACAUAUUCAGCGGCACGAACGCGCACGCGGUGUGCAACGUCGGCAUUGGAAGCCCAGGUGGUGCCGGGGAAGCCCCGCCGCCGUCGCUGGUGGUGUCGAGCUACGAGGCGUUCGUCGGGCUGAACAGGCAGCACGUCGAUGUAUUGUUGGACACCUGCUCGAGAGGUGCCUGCGUCGGCCUCGACGCGUCAGAUACCGACUCGGACUUGGAGGAAUUCAUGGAGGAGGUGGUGGACACCGCCCACUCCUGCCAGAAGCGGCUGCGGCUCGGCGAGGUGAACGAGCCCGAAGCGGUCGCCGAGAUGCUGGCGCGCGUCUCGGAGAAGUCCGUGCGCGCGCGCCGUGCGCUGGCCGCGGGCCGCGACGGGAAGGACAGCGAAGCCAGCGACUCCUCCGGGAAGGAGAACACUGAGGGCAUGAACCUCAUGUGCUUGCAAGAGACCAAGCGGCAGAGGCGGAUUGUGAAUUGA